AUUGGUUCCGGAUUCCAUGAAAAUUGGAUUCCAGAAUAUUAGAUUCCCAAUGCAAAGCAUCCUAGUUUUUUUUGUAGUCAUUGACUCGUUUAUAAUCAGAAAACCCUUUCAAGUCAAUAAUUUGGAUUCCAUAUUGUUGUUUUAUCAAAUUUCGUCAGUUGUCACGUGUAGCACUGUCCUGCCAAUGUGCUAGACAGUUUUGAGUAGUUAGAAUAGUUAAGCUUCAUCCGAUGACAUAAUCCCUGUAUUGCGCGAGAACGUAUGGAGGAAGGUCAGGGGCACAUUUUGGUUAACUUAAUUCCACUUGGGUUCCCUGUGCAUUGAGAUUCUUUGAAGUCAUAUGUCGACGAGUCUAUCACGUGUUAUUACAUCACUUGCAAUGGACCAAUAAGUGGGCCUCUUCUUUUGCGAAAAGUAACAACCAUAUUCCUAUUAUCUCUUGCGAGAUUUUUUCGUAUCCGUUUUCAAGAAAAAAAAGCUUUCUAGACAUUUUCGCUAUUUACGUUCCGCUGAAUACUACUAAAACUAAAAAGAUGGCUAGUGGAAGAAUACCAAACUACCUGCUUGUAGACAACAACAUCGCUCUCAAUGAAUCAAUUAAUACAUUGAAAAACACUCCCACCAGCGCUCUCCUAGCCGUGGAUUGUGAAGGCGUCGACCUGAGCAGGAAAGGAAAGCUGACAAUUGUUACAGUGGCCACUGAAGAGAGAGCUUUCAUAUUUGAUGUUAUAAAGCUCAAGGAAGAAGUGUUUGCAGAGGGCCUUCGUGAAAUCCUGGAGGACAAAUCAAGAGCGAAGUUGAUGUUUGAUUGCAGGCAAGAUUCAGACAGUCUUUGGUAUCAGUAUCGAGUCAAGUUGAAUGGAGUGUUGGACGUUCAGCUUCAAGAAGUACUGAAGAGACGUGAACAGUUUGGGGCUUCAGCAUCCUCAGGAGCCAACCAACGACGCAGCCAGAGAUUAAACGAAGUGGAGAAUAUAUACGGACUAAAUCGUUGUAUUAAGCUGUACCUUGACGAUGAAGAGGCUCGAAAAACCAAAGAAGGCGGCACAAACCAAGUAAUGAAAGACAAGGCUGUUUGGCAAAAAAGACCCAUUUCAGGAUCCUUGCUUCGUUACUGUGCAGUUGAUACUUUGGUGCUGUUUAAGCUUUACAAAGUGAUUGGGAGUUCCAGCCAAGAGCUUGCUCAGCUGAGAGUUGCCUCUGAGCGAUAUGCCGAUAUGUAUCGAGCUAAAAGCGAGAGAAGUUUCGAUCGUUAUGAAAUGAAUGCCUAUCUCCCUCUCGAUAUCAUCUCUUGUGAUGAAAGUGCGUACCAGGGCAUCCACUGCACCGGAUGCAAACGCAUUUUUCCUCGAGAGGAAUUCAGCAAGAAUCAACUAAGCAAAGGUAAUCAAAAGUGCAGAGUUUGUAAAAAAGUUAAACAACGCCUCGACACGAAUGCUCACAAAGAACAACGGUGGCUUCGUCGUCAGAGAGAAGAAGAAUCAUUUGGCUACUAUGAUUCAGAUUCUAAUUAGUUCUUGUGGCAAUAAUGAAAUUAUGGAAGCUUUUGUCCUUGUACCUUUCUGUUUUAAUUCUGGACAUAAGUAGAAAAUUAUGUUAACGGUACUUCUUAAUUGAGAAACUUUCAUUUCGAAAAUGGAAGUCUUCGCGUUGUAGUGGCCGGCAAUGAACAUUUUGUACAGACUGAACUGCAAUUGCGUAUAGUAUUCGUUGUACUUAUAUUAAUUAGAUUAGACGUAUACUGGUGGAUUAUAUGUAAUUUUCUUAAGCUAAUAGUAUGACGUCUUUAGAUAUUUUUUUGCACAUUGUUUGUUUCUAAGCAUACGGAGUGAAGUUUUCUGGAAGAAUCCAUAAUGAUUUUGCAUGAAGCACACUGUCACAUUUUCCUAAUGUUUCGCUUUUUAAUUCAAAUCUGACAGUGUUUUUAUUGCACUUUACAACGUACUUUCGGUAUACAUGUAAUUGUUUAAAUGUCAAGUAAAAAAAGUCUAGAUGGCUGUGAGAAUUGAAGCUAUUCUUAGUUUUCAAACCAUUUCUGCGAAUGAUUAUUUAUGCAAGUAAAAUUCUUUAGCAUUUUGGUUUGGUCGAAAUUGGAAUUUAGUAAAUAAAUUGUGUAUUAUGAA